AUGUGGGCAGACACCCCAUGGUACCUGUACAUACACCACCACCCCGAGCUGCUGCCGGGUCUGCUGACGCCGACUCCGCUGCCUCCUUCGAUCACUCCCAGUGCGCCUUCAUCUGCAGCAGCAGAAGCUGCUGCUGCUGCUGCUGCUGCUGCUGCUGCAGCCCAGCGAUCCAGGCAUCAGCAACAGCUGCGUCUAGGAGCAGCAGCUGAAAGGGUUCCCCCCAAAUGGAGAACACCUCCGAAGCCUGAUAAGGAGCAGCAGCAGCUGCUGCAGUUGCUGCUGGAGGGAUCUUCGCAUCCUCAGCAGCAGCAACAGCAGCAGCAGCAGCAGCAAGAAGAGCAGCGGCAGCAGCAAACUCGUGCUGCUGCUGCGUGGAAUACUGCUUCAGCUAGUCGCCUAUGGGCCCGUCACCCCCGCAGUGUCUCCUCAGCUAACUCUCCCUGGCGCCGCUUUGCUGCGUUGACGCCCAGCAGCAGCAGCAGCAGCAGCAGCAGCAGGAGUGUAGUAGCAGGCAGCGCCGCGUUGCCUUCUGCUCAGCAGCAGCAGCAGCAGCAGCAGCGACAACAGCAGCAGCUGGCUGUGCGCUGCCGCUGGCUAGGACUUUCGGGUGUUUCGUGCUGCAGGGGUUGGGUGGCGGUGUUGGGGCGGGACGGCCGUCUCUGCUGCUUCGAUGCACUUGAGGGUCGUCUGCUGCAGCAGCAGCAGCAGCAGCAACAGCAGCAACAGCAGCAGCAGGUGACAUCUCCCGAGGGAGCUGCAGCAGGUGCUGCAGCAGCAGCAGCAGCUUGUCAGCCUAUAUCCUGCUACUCUACAGCCAUACACCGCAGAGUCGCAGACAGCGCGCUGAGCAGCGCAACACAUUUGGGUUCUUCUCGGGUUGUAGCAUUGGGGUGUACAGACGGCAGCAUCUAUUUGCAGCAGUUGCCGCAGCGGGACCUUGAAUCCACAACCAUCACCAGCAGCAACACCAGCAGCAGCAGCAGCAGCAGCAGCAGCAGCAGCAGCAAGGGUGUGUGUUUAUAUGCGUUUUCUUCUGCUGGUGUUCGUAAGGAAAAGCAACGUGUUGUGGGUCACCUCGACUCUGUAUUAAGUUUAUGUUAUAAUGGGAGUGAAGGCUGUCUCAUAUCAGGAGCAGCAGAUGCAACCGUCAGGGUUUGGGGUGUAUCUCCAGCUGCUUUGCUGCUGCAGCGGCUCUUCGAUGAGCCUCUAUCAGAGGUAACAGCAGCAGCAGCAAGCGGCUCGCUAGUUCUAGCGGGUACUGCUGCUGGGGAUCUGCUGCUGUGGGACCUGCGCUGCUCCUCCCCGUUUGUAUGGGGGGCCCCCCAUGGGGGCCCCCAUGAACACAGGGGCCCCAUAAGAGCUUGUGGGUUCGCUGAUGGAGGCAGAAUCACAGCUCUUGUACAUACACCGCAAGCUGCUGCAGCACUACGCAGAGAGGAGCAGCAGCAGCUGCAACAAAUUGGGGUGGAGAGGCCGUGUACAGCCGAGCUGCAACAGAAUACAGCCCGAGGCGGCAGCACAACAGCAGCAGAUGCAGCAGCAACAGCAGCAGCAGCAGCAGCAGAUAUACCUGGUGCACCUGAUGCAGCUUUUCCAAUUCAAGUGUGGGAGCUGCGAGGCAGCAGCAGAAUACCCCCCCGCAGCCAGGCUGGGGUGUAUGUACACGGUGGCUCCCCGUCAGCUGUUGUUACAUGCGGGGUCCUCGAUGAUAGCGGGCUUGCGCUGCUAGCAUUCAUAGAAUCUCCUGCUGCAUCAGCUGCUGCUGCUGGUGCAUCUGCUGCUGCUGCUGCUGCUGCUGCUGCUGGUACUGGUGGCGGCGUAUAUAGGGCUGGGUUACGGCUGGUGGAUUGCCUCAAGAAAGAGGAGAUAUGGGGGGCCCCCCUACGAGCAGUAGGGGCCCCCCGCUACAUUUCUGUGUGGCCUGGUGCUGCUGCAGCAAGUGAAGGAUUGCCUCUUGAGGGUUCGAGUGCUGGCAGCUGGGGCCCCACAGUUGUUGCUGUCGGCGAGGCAGCGGGGGCUGUGGAGGUCCUUUGGGUGUAA